GGUGCGGCUGCUCUCGGUGAGCUGCGGCCGAGCGAGAUGGCGGUGCUGGCGAGGCUUCCCCGGUUGGCUCUCACUCGCGCCCUCCGCUCCCCGCUCGGGCGGCGCACGCUGUCGGUGGCAGUACCGGGUCAUGGGGAGGGCAGCGGGGCUCGAAUGUGGAAGAUCCUGACCUUUACUGUUGCUUUACCUGGUGUUGCAGUCUGCAUGUUGAACUGCUACUUAAAGGCGCAGCACAAGCAUGAGAGACCAGAGUUCAUUCCUUAUCCUCACCUCCGUAUCAGGACCAAGCCCUUCCCCUGGGGAGAUGGGAACAAAAGUUUAUUCCACAACCCCCAUGUCAAUCCUCUCCCAACUGGCUAUGAAGAUCACUAAAGAUGUGGACCACAGCAACAACUUGAACUACUGAUAUAUUCUGACCAGAACAUUUGUAUGGGACCUUUCAUCUAAACAAUUAUUCUGCAUUCCUGUAUUGUAAGGUUAUGACAUUCUGACCUCUUGUACUGUACCUGUAGAAGAGGUUACCUUAAAUAAAUAACUCCACUUGGAUUUCUGUGUGAA